ACAUCUUUUUCCAUCUUCUGUAUCCAAAACUUCUCAAGAAACCAUUUACACAUUCUCCCGGUGCGACCGUGUGUCUGAUUGGGACCUGGUGUGUGUCAGGGGGCUAUGGUGAGGCGAUGUGCACAGGCUGGUGUGAGGAGAGAUGUACCAGCGUCAGUGGAGGAAGACGGAGUGGUAAAGGAGUGGAUCUUCAUUCAUGGCUGUGCAUCUCGCUCUUGUUCUUGGCUCUGUGGGGCCAAGCGUCCCCGCAGUGCCCGGACAGCUGUCACUGUGCCUGGGACACGGCCACGGUGCUGUGCUCGGAUGCAGGGUUGCGGGAGAUCCCAGAGGGGAUCCCCCCGGAAACUGUCUCCCUCCACCUGGAGCGCAACUACAUCCGGAACAUCCCAGAGAGUGCCUUCAGUGAUCUGGUCCACCUGCGGGACCUGUACCUGUCCCACAACCGCAUUGACUCACUAUCCUCAGGGGCUCUGCGGCAUCUGGGCCCUGAGCUGCGCCUGCUGGACCUCUCACAUAACCAGCUGAGGCAGGCCAGCAGAGAAGAAUUCGGCUCCACUCGUGCAAAGACACGACUCUACCACAACCCCUGGCACUGUGACUGCACCCUGCAGGAGCUGAUGGAGACUCUGAACCUAGAGCCCGAGACGGUGAACGGAAUCGUUUGUGAGAGCUCUGUGAGAGGGGUGGGUGAGGGGAGCAGGUGGGAGGACCCGGGGUCACAGGGCGAGCAUGCAGGUCAAUCGCUGGUCAAACUGUUGGAUUCUGGGGUGAAUUUCUGCAGCCUGCAGAGGAAAACAACUGAUGUGGCCAUGCUGGUGACAAUGUUUGUGUGGUUCUUCAUGGUUAUUGUGUAUGUAGUGUACUAUGUGAGGCAGAACCAAGCCGAGGCACGCAGACAUUUGGAGUACCUGAAGAGUUUGCCCAGCCCACGCAAGACCCCCACAGAGACAGACACUCUAAGCACUGGUUUCUGAACGGCUGCUUUGGCUGUAAUUAAAAUGGAAUAAUCAAAUGCCAUUUUUAUGGAGAGCAACUGAUAAACUUCAAAAUGCUGUGAGGAGUUACUGUAAGCCGACUGUGGAUGACAGUGAUACGUAGGAAAUUAACCUUUUACAGCUGUGUUUCGUGAUUGCAAUAUUUCUUUAUAUUUGUUACGACUGAGUCCCCUGUGUUUUUCUUAAUAUUUCUUUUCCUAUUGCAUUUUAAUGAAAAGCGAGGGGUGAAUUUUUUUUACCCAUUCUUACCCAUCUGUGCCAAGAGAAAAGAAAGGAAACCGAAACAAAAAUAAUAUAUAAUAUAUAAUAAUAUGAAAGGAUGAAGUAAGAAUUGUGGAGAAAGAAAGACAUUCUUUGAACUUUAUAACCCUCUAUCUCCCUUUGUAGACCUCUAUGCUUUUAUUUUCUCCUCCUACCAUGCCCCUUACUAUGCUCUUUUAUCUUUCAUUAAGCUCUAAUUAAGAGUCUUUGACCAACUGACCCUUAAUGAACACUUGAAAGGCACUAAUCAAGUGUAGUGUCUUUAUCAGGUCAAAAAGGAGAGAGUGUAAUCUCAAAUGUGUGUCCUCAUAUAAUUGCUUAUGUGUGAAUGUGUUUGAAGUGUGUGGUGCUUUUUGUGCGUUGUUACAGCACAUUUUUACUAUGAUAACAUUGCUUUUGCAUGGAUGCUGUUUAAGCCUUUCCCAGUACAUGACCAUUAAGCCAGUUGUUUUGGUGCCAGUGGAGAACUGCUGAUCUAAAUUUACUCUCAGGAAGCCAUUAGAGCUGGAGGUGAACAAUUUUGUCUCCAAGCUGCAGCAAUCAGCUCUAAAAUAUCUGGACAGAUUAGUGUACAGCUGUCACCGGUACAGAGAAAAUUCAAACCAGAUUUAGAAAUGGAUUGAUUAUUAAGAUGCUCGUUAUAAACAUUGUGAAUUAGAUUAGUGUAGCUAUUUAUCCUGAGAGAAGCUCUGUUAGUUUAGCGUUAAUUAAUCUCUUGAGUUCUGCUUUUUUCAGUCGUCUCUGCACUGAUUGUUGUGUACAAAUCGUUCCAUCUCCCAUUUUCCACACAGGCUGGAUCAUAAUUGAUUUUUUUUUUUCAAGUCACUGUGAAAAUAACACUUUUCUCAUUUUCUCAUUUAGUACAUUUUGAAUGGCUGUCAUGUUCAGAUUAAAAUCAUUCCUGACAAGCAGCAUGCACUGUAGGUGUGCUGAAUAUCCAGCUCAGCCUUCUGCAUAAAUGCGAUGAAACCUGACCGGAUGAACCGUCACCUAUUUUUAGUUUCACAAGUUCAUUGUAAUCGUAUUUACUGUGGAGCAUUAUUCUCUGAGGGGAGGCUGUAGUGUGUGGUUAAUGUAUGAGCGUUUGUCAUUUUUCACUGUAACAAAUAGAAACUGUGAAAGGCCUCACUCAGUUAGUAGUCAACUACAUUUACCACUGCCCUAAACACACUAGGGCAGUGGUUACCAACCUGGGGGUUGAGACCCCCACACAAGGGGUUGCAAAUUCAGUUUGAGGGGUCACAGGUCACAAGAUUAUUAACAGGAUACGAACUCUGAAAACGGAUUUCUGCUAAACAAAAUUAUAAUCAUUUUUUCAAACAAUAUAUGUUU